AUGUCAAACAACGAAAUGACACCUCGCGGUACGGUCACCGAACAUCAGGGCGACGAAAAGGACAAGGCCGAAUCUCGAGAGGUGACCCCAGAGCUCGUCAACGACGACUACAGUCCCAAAGAAAGCCACUCCAGCUCCAGCAACGACAGUGACUCCUCAGAAUUCCAAGAAUUAACCCCGGCGCUCCUCGAGGCCAUGCGGGAAGCAGAACAAUUCUACGCAGAGGAAGAACCGGAAUCGAUACCGCGCGGGUAUCUUGGCCAUUUUGACAUGGGCUUGGACAUGGACAUGACUGCAUGGCAGGACGACGUUGAGAGAAGAUACGGAUUAUUUGAGGUCUCCGAGGUUGAUAUUGCGAGGCCCAACCAAACCCAGCAGCCGGAGAAAGCAACAAACGACGAUGUCACCAGCUUGCAGACGCUUGCUGGCAACGCAAUCGAGGGUGACACGAUUACGCCAGAAUUCUACGUCGCCAGUCAAAAGAGACAUGUCAGAGACGUCCUUGUUGAGGUCUAUGAUGCGGUUAGCGAGAUGACAAAAAGUCUUGGGAUCGUGUGGGAUUACGAAGUCGAGAACAACAGGUAA